CUUGUAUAAAAAAUCCCACAAGAGUAAAAACUAUUCUCUUCUCUCUCUUUCUCUCUUCACCAUGACUGAUCCUCAUUCCAAUUUCUUCACAGAUUGGUUCAAGUCCAAUCCUUUUCACCAUUACCCUAAUUUCUCCACUAACCCACCACCUCUUCCUCCUCCCUCUUCCUUCUUCUUCUUCCCUCACUCCGGUGACCUUUGCCGUCCACCACCACCACCAACCCCUCCCUCUUCCCCUCCUCUCCGUGAAGCCCUCCCUCUCCUCAGUCUCAGCCCCGCCAACAAACAACAAGACCACCAUGGUCAUCUAAUCCAAGAACCAACUUCAACCUCCAUCGAUGUUGAUGACUACUAUCAUCAUCACCAUCAAGAUGAUCAUAAUCACGAUGACCAUGACCAUGACAUCACCGUUGCUCUUCACAUAGGCCUUCCAAGCCUUAGUACUCAAGAGAUGGCUUCUUUUCUCACGCUGUCCUCUUCCUCCUCUUCCUCAAGGACUACUCAUCAUCAUGAGAACAUGAACAACCAGAAAGAUCUCGACAACGACUACCAUCACGAAGGCACCGGCGGAGGAGAAGAUGACGAUGAAGAUUCAGUUGGCGGAGACGGCGCAUGUAGAAUCAGCAGACUCAACAAGGGUCAAUAUUGGAUCCCUACACCUUCUCAGAUUCUCAUUGGCCCUACUCAGUUCUCUUGUCCUGUUUGCUUCAAGACCUUCAACAGAUACAACAACAUGCAGAUGCAUAUGUGGGGACAUGGAUCAGAAUACAGAAAAGGACCCGAAUCUUUAAGAGGAACGCAACCAACUGGAAUGCUGAGGCUUCCGUGCUACUGCUGCGCACCGGGCUGUCGUAACAACAUUGACCAUCCAAGGGCAAAGCCUCUAAAAGAUUUCAGAACACUUCAAACACAUUACAAGAGGAAGCAUGGAAUCAAACCCUUCAUGUGUAGGAAAUGUGGAAAGGCUUUCGCAGUCCGAGGGGACUGGAGAACACAUGAGAAGAAUUGUGGUAAGCUUUGGUAUUGCAUAUGUGGAUCUGAUUUCAAGCACAAGCGAUCUCUGAAAGAUCACAUCAAGGCGUUUGGAAAUGGCCAUGGAGCUUAUGGAAUUGAUGGAUUUGAUGAUGAAGAUGAGACUGCCUCUGAGGUAGAACAAUUAGACAAUGAUCAUGAGUCAAGGCGGUCCAAAUAGCGUAUAUAAAUUAGUUAAUACUUCGUAAUUCAGUAUAUAUAUUAAUUCUAAGAAUACAUAUAUCUAUGGAACAAGUUU